GACGUCAUUUCCAAUCUUGUUCCUGAGAAUUCAGUCGUAUCGCUCUCUCUCUCUCUCUCUUUGCAAACAAAUCGAAGAAUGCGUAUAAAUGUAUACAUACGGAUUCCUAUGUGUAUAUAAAGAUACACGCAAACGAGCACCGUACACAUACAUGUGCGUGUGAAUGUGUGUGUGAUGUGUCUGGAUUAUCUUUCUCCUGACGUAUGAUUCAUGGGAAAUUAGGAAGAAAUAUUGGAAAUUUAAACCCUAAUUUUUGCAUUCGCUGUGUCUCAAUUUCGAUCCGUGGAGAGGCCUAGGUUGGGAGUUGGUUUGGAUUAGAUUGUAAAGGGAGCGAACGUGGUAAGACAUGAUGAGCAAUUGGGGGUUUUAGUGUUGUAUGUUGUGGGCAGUAAGGGGCUUGUUUCGACUUUUGUGUAUUGAAUUUUUGUGGGAUUAGGCAUCGAUUGAUCUGGGGAGAUCAAUUAAUGGAUUAGCUUGUAUCAUUUAUUGUGGUAAUAUUUUGGCAAUUUUGUGGGCAUUGACUUCAAUUUGUAAGGAAUCAGUUCGAUGAAUUGAGAAUCCAGUUUGGAGAUUCCAACACUUGAGGUUCUUUUAUCCGAGUCUGGGGAGUUUUUUCUUCUAAUAUUUGUCUUUUUGCACGAUUGAGUUAGAUUUGAUGUGUCUAGGGGAUUUGUGUAAUUGAAAGUGUAUGUUUUAGUUGGUGGAAAGUUAUUUUGAAUUGCACACUGCAGAAUGAGCUUAGAAAAUGAAGACCAGAGAUCCCCGGACAAGGGGUCUACCGAGUUUGAUGUGGUUCUAAAGAAGCCGAAAAUAACCUAUCCAAGAGAGUUCUUGUUGUCUUUGAGUAAUUUGGAUAUCUGCAAGAAGUUGCCAGGCGGUUUUGACGAAUCACUGUUAUGUGAAUUCGAGGAUGCCAUCCAAAGCACACAAGAUCGACCAAGAAAUCCUGGAAGUCUGCCUUUGCAGGGUUUCAGACGAAAUGAGUAUGGAUCAUCUCCGCCUAGUCGAGGGGAUUCUGGUAAUUACUCUAGAGGCAUUUAUGGAAAAUGGGAAAGCCGUUCUUCUGGACGGAGUGAUCGAGACAGUGAUUCUCAAUCCGACCGGGAAUCAGAUUCUGGGAGGCGCUACGGCCAUCAUGCUCGACGGUCUUGGCAAACUUCAGAGCAAGAUGGUCUCCUUGGGAGUGGUUCAUUUCCACGACCAUCUGGAUAUGCGGGUGGGAUCGCUGCUCCUAAGGUGAGAGCAAAUGAACACUAUCAACUUAGCAAGAGCACUGAACCAUAUCAUCCUCCACGACCGUACAAGGCAGUACCUUAUUCAAGAAGAGACACCGACUCCUACAAUGAUGAAACUUUUGGUUCAACGGAAUGCAGUAAUGAGGAUAAGGCAGAGGAGGAGAGGAGGAGAAGAGCCUCUUUUGAGAUGAUGAGAAAGGAACAGCAAAAGGCUCUUCAAGAGAAGCAAAAAUUAUUGCUGGAGAAGCAUAAGUCUACUGAUGUCUCCGAACUUCAUGAACUACUGGAGGAUAAAAAAGAGAAAAAGGAACCAUUUCUCAGGAACAAUGAGUUUGAGGUUUCUGCUGCAACUCCUACCUUGGGAAAUGAUUCAGAAAAAUCUUCUUUCGCUUCAAAUUCUCCUGCAUCCAGACCACUUGUUCCACCUGGUUUUAAAAACAAUAUACUGGAAAAAAGUUCCGUAGUGAGAUCUCCUAUUCAUAAUCCAUUAUUAGAGGAGGGGAGACGUGUAACAGGUUCGGAUGCUGAAAUCAACCUUGUGCAGAAUGGUAUUAAUGAUGGUUUAGAGCAACGGUUAUCUCAAGAUAUCAGUUUAUUUGAUGGGAAACCUGCAGAGAAGACAUGUCAUACAACCCUUUUUGAUAAAGGAGAAAAUGUGUUACGCAAGAGUACAGAUUUGCCUAUCAGUAAACCUGGCAUGGUAGAUCAAUUACCCCAUGCUUCGAGUCAUUCAAAUGGGACUUUGGAAAACCCUGAAAGUGUUGAAUUAAGUGUUGUUGCAUUGGAGGAUAAGAUAGUUGGUGACUCCAACAAAAGUUUUUCAACUUCAAUUUUGGAAAAAAUAUUUGGCAGUACAUUAUCUAUCAAUGAAGAUGGUCCCAGUGCAGCUGAGCACAAUGAUAGUAAACCUGAUGACACAUGGAGCCCCAAUUCGGCUAAGUCAUCAAAGUUUGCCCAAUGGUUUUUUGAGGAAGAACCAAAGCCUGUUGAUGAUGCAUCGUCUGCAAAGCCAAGCAGUCUAUUGUCUUUAAUAGGCAGUGGUGAUAAAGACAGAUAUCAAGUUUCUGACACAGAAGCAGCCCAGAACUUUCCAUGUGAUCUCUCCAAUAAGACCUCAAAACAAUCUAGUAAGCUUACACUUGACAUGCCAUCUGCAGUUGAUGGGGUCUCUGACCGGGCAUGUAUUGAUAACAAACAUGGGACUAUUCCAACUGUCCUCACCUGUGAAGACCUUGAACAAUCAAUUUUGACAGAGUACUCCGCAAAGACUAAGAACCCACUUCUAAAUGGCUGGAGUUCUGCUGAUACAAAUACUGAACAACCAAGUGAGCAUGUCAAUGAUCAUGCAUCUGUUCACCUGCUUUCUCUAUUGCAGAAGGGAACAGACAAGAGUAAUGUGACUCUGAACUCCGGGGUUGAUAUCAAUAUGUUAGAGAAACCUCUAAUCUCUCAAGAAAAUGAUAUGGGCACAGCCGUAGAAGAGCCUAAAGGCGAAGAGAAUUGUAAGAAUGACCUUAAUUCGGGAAAGACACUUACUCUUGAAACACUGUUUGGAUCUGCUUUUAUGAAGGAGCUACAAUCGGUUGGAGCACCUGUUUCUAUACAAAGGAGCUCCGCUGGGUCAGCGGAAGUUGAUGCCGGAGACCCUCAUGGAUUACCUUUUCCAGUCAUUAACAACGAAGUUUCUUCUUCAGCAAUUGAUGAAGUUGGCCUCCAAGAACUAAGUCACGACCGUAGGGUUUUUGUUUCAAAUCACGGGCGGCAGAUAAGGAUGAGUACGGCUGAAAACUGGCUUGGUUUUGAUGGUUUCCAAAUUGGAACAACUUCACCAAAGCAUCAUCCUGAGGCAGUCCCCAAACACAGUGGGCUUGAAGAGGCAGUUGGAUUUCAGCUGCCUGAAGAGAACAUUAUCCCUGUCACCGAUCCUAGGAAUCAUCGGAUUUCAACAUUUGUGCCUGCCCACAAUUCAGUUAACAAUGUAAACUUUUCCUCAAAUAUACCAAUCAAUGUGAUGGACAAACUGGCAGCUGCUAGUGCUGUUAAGGAUGAAAGAUUUAUGCCAGGUCCAGAGAGUCUGCCCUUCAUACACGGUCCUUUCGGAAACAUGGAGCCUGAAUUUCCCUAUCAGAAUCUUCCGGUGCAGCAAUCAUCACCAGAGUUUCAGCCUCCUCAAAUGGCCCAUGUCAGGCCAUCAUAUAAUCAGUUGGAGUCACAUCUUGCUCACAUGAGUUCCCAGAUGAAGUUCUUGGGUCCAGAGCCCAUGUUUAAUCAUGAUUUUCCAGCCAGUGGCCAAUUUCCUUCAGCCAUGAAUCAGCAUCCUUUUCAUCGCCCAAAUAUUGGUGUUUCUGGAUUUGACGGCCCAUCCCAUCACUCAAUGCUGCAUCAGAUGCAAAUGUCAGGCAACCGUACUCCUCAUGUACUACCUGACUUACCAAGGGGUGGGCCAGCUGCCCACCAUGGCAAUCGAGCGAGUGGUUUUAUCCAGGAAAUGAACCAAAUCCAAGGCUUCCCUUUUAGGCCUCUCCAACCGAACAUUGGCAGUGAUGGGUUCCCCAUACCAGCUCCAGACGUCCAUUCUGGAAGUAAUCCUCCUGAGGCUUUCCAAAGGCUAAUUGAGAUGGAGCUCCAGGCAAACUCAAAGCACAUCCAUCCAUUUGCCACUGGUCACAACCAAGGAGUAUAUGGUCGUGAGAUUGACAUGGGUUUCCGAUAUAGAUAGAUAGUUUCUAAUAGAAAUCAUACAAUAUAGCAUAUCCAUGUUGAUUGUACAAAUCCAUCUUUCCACAAGGAUUGACAUAACGCUCUUUGUAUGGUGGAAUUUGUUUCUUUGUAACUUGCGGAUAUACCAACACACAGGGAUGUCGAUAUGCAUGAAUGAGACAAUCCGACAGUAUUUCUUUUGGC